UAGCUAGUCCAGCCUCUCUGGGACGCGCUGGGGGAUCCGAUGACGUCAUCGGCCAAGCUGUUUUUUUUCUAUUCUGGGAAGUGACAGGAAUAACCCUGUAUGUCUACUGAUCACAGACCAUCUGAGCUCUGGCUUCUCCAAAACUUCGCAAAGGGAGAAGUUCACUGACAGGUUUACUCCCGCAUGUGACCGGGAGCAGAGUGUUUUCCACAGAAAAAAAAGAAGUAAUUUUUGUUUUAGGUUAAAGUUGUCAUUUAAGUUUUAAAAUCUCUCUGGGCUACCUUGACUUGCCAAGUUGAGAUACUAAAUCAACGACUGCAAGUGCAAGUUGAGCUUUCACGAAAAGGUUGACAUUUCUGUUUGGAUGUAGUUGACCGCGUAUGGAUGCAAGCAACACGGGUCUGUGAAAUGAUGGUGGAUUGUGAUUAGUUUAGGACUGCCAAGCGGGAUCGUGCAGUGCACAGAGAAUACUUGCUGAACCCAAGGAGGUGAAAACUCUUCAAGAAAGAGAUCAACUGAUCUUAACAAGCAUAUUAUUUAAGAUUGUUUUCAAAGCGGCAGAUGUCAACAACACAACAAAAGGAAUAAGCUUUAAACAGCAAGAUUUUGUUAUGUAAUGCUUUGUAGAGACUAAUAUCUGUUUGGUUUAAAGUACCAGCAAUGAGAACUGAGUAAAGUUUACAGAGGGAUUUGAAGCACAGAAACGACAGGGUUAAAAUAAUAUAUAAGAACUUCUGUGCAAACACAAGGAAAGACAAAAAUGGGAAUGGAAGUAUCAGGAGCUUGAAAGCCACACAGUGGGCACACUCAACGUGUCUGCUGACUUCAGAGCAACCUAACUUCUUACCUUUGCUAAUUUCUACAAAAGAUAAUAUGGAGCCGAUCGAAUCUACUGGUCAAAAAAGUACCAAGGAGCCAAGAGAAAAGAAUCAGUUGCAGAGAAAAUGGGGCUCAGAACCCACAGCAGGUACAAAAAGAAGCACUUUUGCAGAUCCAGAGGGGAAGAGGCACUCACACUGUGAUGCAGUGCAAAGCAGCAGUCCUGGGUCAGCACAAAAGUAUGGUUCAGUGAAGCUGCAAAUAUCGACUGCAGUGGGCCAGCAGCCUCAAGAAAAGCAGUAUCCACAGCAUUUCCCAAGCACUUACUCAUACCAGCUCCCUCAUUCUUUUUCACAGCAGUCUAUACCACAGAGAUUCCUACAGAAUGCAAAGCCACUGCCCAACCUGGAAGCACAUGCUUGGCAGUUUCCUAACCAGUUACAGUCAGUUGCCUCAGAGGACUUGUUUUCCAUGCAUGCUCGUAGCCAUGGGGGAGUCUUCCCACAAAGGAAGUCUUCAAGUUUACCUGCUGUUUAUAGCCAGUAUUCCCAGUCAGGGGUGGAGCAACCAGAAGAAAUACACAAGAAAGAGCAAAAACCUAAGAAACCUGGCAAAUAUAUCUGUCACUAUUGUGGAAGGGCUUGUGCCAAACCUAGUGUACUGAAAAAGCACAUUAGGUCGCACACUGGUGAACGCCCCUACCCCUGUGUUCCAUGUGGGUUUUCUUUUAAAACAAAGAGCAACUUGUAUAAGCAUAGAAAGUCUCAUGCCCAUGCCAUUAAAGCAGGGCUAGUUCCUUUCUCAGAUCUUGUAUCUGCCCGUUCUGACAUGGAACAAGCCUCCUCUUUUGGAGAAGCAGAGGUACAUUCAGAUGGUGAGCAAAGCACAGACACUGAGGAAGAGACUGCUUUAAGUGCUGAAAGCAGCCCUGCACCCCACAUUUCUUUUAAAAUGGAUAAAAGCACAAUGGAAAAGAGUGAUGAACUAAUCUAUGUGGAUAUGACUGAAGAAUUGGCAGUGGCCACGAUGAAAGUGCCUAUUCUGAUAGUCCCGAAAAGUGGAAUUCAGCCAGUCAGCGAAUGUUCACAAUUCCUUGAAACAGAGGCAUCUCAAAAUCCUGUUCUUGUUUGCAGAGAUGAAUCUCACACCAUUAAACAAAGACUUGCAAUGAGACUCAGUGAAAAGAGAGGACAUGAUUCAGAGCAAUCUUUAAACCUCUUGAGUCCUCACAGUAAAGGCAGUACAGAUUCGGGCUACUUUUCCCGUUCAGAAAGUGCAGAGCAGCAAAUCAGUCCACCGAAUACGAAUGCUAAGUCCUAUGAAGAAAUCAUGUUUGGGAAAUAUUACAAACUGAAUCCCAGGACUGCAAUGACAGUAGUGAUGGCAGUUGAAGGCCAAGACACAAAUGUAAUGGACAUAAAAGAAAAGUCUGGAGAUGCUACUUCUAAAUUUGGGAUAACCAAGAUAAUUAAGGAUCACAUAUCCCAGCUUAUCACAGACAAUGAAACAGUGGUUGAUCCCAGUAAACAGAGUACCAUCAAACUCAAACCAUUUUCAAGGGGAGAGAGUUCAGAAUCGCAGAUGCUAACAGAUCUUGGUGCUAAACAGUAUCCCGCAGGCUCUUGCCAAAGUAAACUUUUAGAACCCCCCUCUGAUGCUGGGUUACUUGUAAGAAGCAAUUCAAUGCCAACACCCACAGCAUCAAAUCUUAAUAUCCCACAAGGCCUAAGAGGAAGCCACUCAUUUGAUGAAAGAAUAGCCUCUGAUGAUGUCUUUUAUCCUGGUACGGCAGGCUUGUCACACCGAAGCAUGCUGAGAAGACAAGCUGCUUUUGAAUUGUAUUCAGCACAUGAGGGUCACUCAGAAUCUGAGAAUUAUGUUAGUAUCUCCAAAAAUACUGUUCCACCUUCUGGAAGAGUGAAACUAAGUGAAAUCAACCGAGUUGUGUCAGAUAAUAAAGUACAGAUAGGGGAGAGGAGCUUGUUCGAAUGUGAACUAUGUGGGGCAAAUUACAGAAGAUGGGAGGAGUUAGAAACCCAUAAACAACUUCCAUGCCCAGAAAUACAUGGCAAAUAUCGUGCUUUUGGCCUUAAAUUGGGAGCAGAGUCUUGUUUUGAAAUUUUCACCCAGACCCAAAUAAUGCAACACAAACAGGCCACAGAAACUGCAACGAGAAAGCGAAGAAAGGAAAAGAGUGUUGGGGAUGACGAAGAUCUCCCUGGUCAAUAUAGCAGUGAUCAUGGAACCUCCGUAGAGAUGCUGGUGUCAGCAGGGUAUUAUGACUCAAAACUUGUAAACCUGGAAGCUACAAGGGCUUCACCCUGUGUAAAAGCUCCCAAUUUUAGUGCACACAGUCAAUCAGACAGCUUUGAAACCGGUGGCACUCUUCCGACUUCUGGCGUCAUGACACCUGAAGAUGUGGUGCUUGUUCCAGACUCUGAAAAGGAAGCCAGUAAUAGAAAAACUGUUGGUAAUGUAAUUUCUGUCAUCCAACACACAAACUCAUUAAGCAGGCCUAGCUCUUUUGAAAAGUCUGAGUCAAUUGAGCAUGUGUCAUACCAACAGGAUAAACCUCUCACACAGCACCCAAACCUCUCACAUGACCACCCAGAUUCAGAAAACCUAGAGGAAGUGCACAGCCCAGAGACUGCUCAGCAAGAAAGCAUGGAACAGCAGCAAAGUGAUGGAAGAUCAUCCACACUGCCUCAGAGCCACCAGCAAUAUCAUAUGCCACCAAAGCUGGUACGACAACCCAACAUUCAAGUGCCUGAAAUUCGAGUGACAGAGGAGCCUGACAAACCAGAGAAAGAGCCUGUGAUUCAGAUUAAAGAGGCAGAGAAACCAGUAGAGGAGUUUCAGUGGCCUCAGAGAAGUGAAACCCUUUCUCAGCUUCCGUCAGAAAAACUGCCUCCGAAAAAGAAGCGCCUCCGUCUGGCUGAUAUGGAUCACUCCUCAGGGGAAUCUAGCUUUGAAUCCACCUGCACCAGCCUUUCCAGGAGCCCUAGCCAAGAAAGUAAUCUGUCUCACGGCUCUAGCUUCUCAAUGUCAUUUGACAGGGAAGAAAACAUUAAGUCGGUUUCCCCAACCAAACAGGACGAGUUUGGAAGACAGUCUGAGUUCUUAACUGUGCCAGGCAGUGCACACUCCCUUGCUAUUCCUAGUCAGCACCAGCAGAGGGAGAUGCGUCGCUCAUCUUCAGAGCAAGCACCUUGUCCACUGCCCACAGAAGUCCCAGAAGUGCGUAGCAAGUCUUUUGACUAUGGAUAUCUUUCAGCCGCAUCCACGGCAGGUGAUUCCUAUAAUUGCAGUUCUGUGAGGGAGAGGAGGAGAGGUUUCCUGGUGCGACAAGCAUCUUUAAGUGUAUAUCCUGAAGGUGCUGUGCAAGAUCAAGCGAUAGAUCAGAACAUAAAGCAAGAACUUGCUGAGCAGUUACAAGGUGGACAUCAUUCACUACAUAGUGCUUGGCACGGCUCACUUUCGCCAGGGCUUCACUAUGGGCCUGCAGAAGAUUUAGCAAGAUCUAAACGAGGAAUGCCACCAAACCCUGGUCUACAUCAUGCAAUACAGCUUAGCAUAUCUGAAGAAACUCAACAGGAGGGACAGUCGCUAAUCCAUGAAACUAUUUACCUUCCCAGUCAACAUCCAACAGAGAAUGACCAGCAGGCACGAGAAGUGAUGCAAUACCCUCCAUUUCACAAUAACUUGCCUCCAUUUCCUGCUUCACCUCUUCAACAAGCUUUUUUCUGGCAAUCACAUCCCGGGUCCUCACAGAGGUUCAUACAACAGCACCUAGCCCUCCAAGCUCAACAGCUGCAGAAAUUACAUAUCAGGCUCCCAAAUCUUCAACCACUGCACCAAAAAUCACAUUCUUCUCACCAGCUGCAACAGAUUCAAGAACAAGUAGAUACAAAAACCCUUGACAGUGUAAGUGAUAACAAAUACCAAUACAUUUCUCGAGCAUCUGAACAUCUGGGGCAUCACCCAGUAAAGGCAUACUCAACAAGUUCAGCUUUGUUGCAGCAAGUACAGCCGAUCUUUGCCACUCAGAAUGCAGGUCCCCAACCCUCACUCCCAGGGAUGUUAGUUCCUGUAAGAAUCCAGACCCAAGUGCCAUCUUAUGGUAGUGUCAUGUACACAAAUGUUUCACAGAUUCUGGUCACCCAUGCCCACAGCACUAGCUCCAAAGUGGUGAUUUGUAAGGUUAGUGAUAAUGCUUCCCAAGGAACCUUUUCAAACAACAGUGCAAUGCAAGGGAUAGGACUUAAUUUAUCUCAAAUAUUGGGACAUCCUGAAGAACUGCUUAGAUAUCCACUCUGGAAAUUUCCCCAACCACUUCCAGGUAGAUUAGAUUCAGGAAUUCCACUUUGUUUGACCUCUGGAAGCAUCUCAGCUACAGAUGCUUCUUCCAGCAUUGGAGGAAGUAAGCGCAUGCUGUCACCAGCAAGCAGUUUAGAACUUGUCAUGGAAACUAAGCAGCAGAAACGUGUCAAGGAGGAAAAGAUGUAUGGGCAGAUUGUGGAGGAACUGAGUGCAGUGGAGCUCAGCAAUUCAAAUGUGACAAAAAAUAAUUCCAAGUCUCAAAAACCUGAGCUUGUAAGGCACAAAGGUGAAUUUAAGGAAGGAAUGUGUUCUCCAUCUGCUGUGGAUUUUAUUUUAUCCACAACACCUUCACUUAAGUCUGUUUCUCACCUCAAAGAAAGCAUGACUAGAGACAGUUUAACACCACCACAGCGAAUACCAACCAACACACCUGAUGGGAGAGAGUCACCAGAAGAGCUAGAUGUUGAUGAAGCCAUAACAGAGAUCAGUUCAAGUCCACAGUCUUUUUCUUCAAUGAGUGAUAUCCAGGAGGACACCCAGUUAAAACAGAAAAGCAAGAUCCCCGUUAAUAUGCUGAUGCAGCUGGCUGCUAAUCGAGGUGGGGCAGCUGGAAGUACACUUUUGCUGACAGAUGUUGCUGAUGCCCAGCAGUUAUUUCAGUUUCCCAGUCUUCGCACAAACACAAGUGUUAGUUGGUGCUUUCUGAAUUAUACCAAACCAAACCAUGCCCAGACCACUCCUAUAUCUUCUGUUUAUGCUUCUUGGUCCAUCAGUUCUUAUAAUCCAAAUCCAUCAAAUUUGAGCACCAAGGCUAGCUUAGCCCUUUUAAGGUCCAAACAACGACAGGAUACAGAAAAAUACACAAUGGCUGCAUUGUACAAACCAGGGACUGGCAAACUGGUAUCCUCAAUCACCUGGAAACAGAAGUUUGAUCAGGUGAAGCCAGAACUUGCACAGUUGGAAGUGAACAAAUUUGAAAAGAAAGUGAAAGGAAGUGGGACACGGGAAAGAGAAAAGGGAGAAUAUCAUGGUGAGAAGGACGUAUCAACAAAGCAAAGUGAGCCUACACGGAUAAAAAUCUUUGAAGGAGGGUACAAAUCCAAUGAGGACUAUGUUUAUGUCAGGGGAAGAGGCAGAGGAAAGUACAUUUGUGAGGAGUGUGGAAUUCGCUGCAAAAAACCUAGCAUGCUGAAAAAACACAUCCGCACACAUACCGACGUCCGACCUUAUGUGUGCAAAUUCUGUAAUUUUGCCUUCAAAACAAAAGGAAACCUGACCAAACAUAUGAAGUCUAAGGCACAUAUGAAAAAAUGUCUUGAGCUGGGUGUAUCUGUGACAUCUGGGGAUGAUGUGGAAGCAGAUGAAGCUGAUAAUACUGAUGAUGCCCAGAGAGAAUCUGACAUGGUAGAAAAGUCUGAGGUUCUUGCAGAGCACCAAUUCUCUGAUGCCUACGACUCGGAAGGAGCCGAAGAAGAGGGAGAUGAAAUUGAUGAAGACGAUGAUGAGGAUGAUGAAUAUGAUGGCGAUUCAACGCCUAAGACAAGGUCUCGAAGUACAAGCCCACAACCGUGCAGAUUCUCCUCUCUGCCUGUAACAGCUGCAGCUGCCUCACAGAAAACACCGGAGAUUUGGGAGCCAGCCAGCAAUCCUUCCCUCAUAAGCUACCUAGUUACCCUUCCUAGUAUUCAAGUCACACAGUUAAUGGCACCAAGUGAUAAGGGUGGAGAUGCACAGAUGACAGAAUACCAGAGGCUUUUCCAGGGUGCUUUUAGUGAGCCCUACAAGCACAGGUUAGAUGUGCCCAGUUCAAUGGAUGAGGGCUACAUGCUGUCUCCAGAACACAGCUCAUCUUCUAGAGACCUCUCACCCUCUAGACUGUCAUCUCCUGGCUGUGACUCUUCACUGCAUAGAGAAACUUCACCCACGUCAAGGCGGUAUUUGUCACCAAGAAGGGAUGUAUCACCCCAUGGACACUUGUCACCAAGACAAGAUGCUUCCUCCUUGAGGCACCUUUCACCGAAAAGGGAAGUAUCUUUCAGGAGGGAGCUGUCUCCAAGGAGAGACCUCUCCCCGAGAAGACAUUUGUCACCAAUCUCCUUGGGAGGGCCAAUGUCCCCGGGGAAGGAAGUGUCCAGCAGGCGGGAACUGUCUCCUAGGAGUAGACAUAGAGCCAUGAUAAGAGCAGCAUCGCCAAGGAGGGGCUCCCACCACCACAACACCUCGUGGUCACUGGGGCAGUACUUGCAGUCUGAAUUAGCCCCACUGGGGCAAAGAAACAGAACACAGUCCGAGAUGGACACGAGUGCAGGGAAGGGUAUGUCUCAAGCUCCUGAUCAUUUUGAAACACAACUAGGCAGUCGCGAGCCUCUCAAUUCUUCAUUGUCCACUGGGGGUCAUCAAGGAUAUCUCUUUAGUCAUCUUCCUCUGCACUCCCAGCAGCAAAUACGGGUGCCAUUCCCCAUGAUUCCCAUUGGAGGUAUUCAGAUGGUCCAUUCGGCACCUUCUUCCGUGACUGGCUUAGUUCACUCGUCAACGCUGCCUUUACAGAAUUGUGCAUCUGAGGAAUCAAGCACCAGUGAAGUGGCAUACCCUGUUUCAGAAAGUGAUAUUGAGGGAACUGAUGACUUUACCAAACAACAUAAAAACGCUGUUUCCCCUCAGCUAAUGGCCUCAGUGAUUUCCCCAGUCCUGUCGAUCCCUUCACUAAAAGAAACGAGAUGGAAGACGAAUAAAGAAAUUGCAGAGAUCAUAGAAAAGGAAAAGCAGCAAGAGGAAAUCAUACAGACUUGUACAAAAGCCAUUGCUUCUCUUAGAAUCGCAUCUGUAGACAUUGCUCCCCCAGAAACUCAUAUGCCUUUGAAGGUUUUUGAUCACCAUCAAAAAACCUUAGAAAGUGCACAGCUUGGCAUUCAGCACUUUAGUGGAUCAGAGGACAGCCAUGAGUUGGCCUGUGCUUCAGCCACCAAGCCUGACUCACACACUGAAAAGGACCUCAGUACAUCACAAACUGCAGUGGCUCAUUCCACUUUCUACAACAAAAGUGCCGAUGAAAGACUGUUAGCCCAACAAGCACAAAAAUAGGUAAAGAUCUGGCAAAACAGGUCUUGGAAAAAGGCAAAUAUUAUUGAUACUGAAUACAAGUGGCAAAAAAGUCUUUAAAACAAGCAACUUUGUUCAAGUUUCCAUAUUUAAAAGCAUAGCAUGCCUUUUAUAACUUGGUUUGCUAUUUUAUGGAUUUUAUUCUUAUUAUAAAUACAUAUAUAAUGUUAAUUUAUACAGUACAUGAGCCUGACCAAAAUUGCUUAUGGACUUACUUUAUUGUCCAGUCUGGUACUUUUAAAUGUACAGAUGUUUGUGCCUUUUCUUUACUUUUUGCUUAUAUUCUUAUAAGCACAUUAAGCAGGAAUUUGUAAAUAUUUAGAGUUUGUGUACCUGCUUUGUAAUAAAUGUAAUUUCUCUUCUUUUUGGACACUUGGGUCUGAAUGAUGUGAAGGACAAUAGUAUCAAUAUAUGUGAGGUUGCACUAAACAUAUUUUUAUAUGAGUGAAAUUUUAAUUGCUUUUGUGUACAGCGGCAAUUCUAUAAUACUAAUAUUUAUUGUACUAUGUUUCAUAAAUUGUAAAUUUUUUCUGAAUGUUGUGGAUGCCUUUUAUAUGUGAAGCAUGAGUUUUACUAUUUGAACGAAAUGUAUACUGUAAACUUGCAAUUUAAAUUAGAAUAUAUAUAUACACACACACACACACACACACACACACACACACCUUAUUCUCCUUAUUCAUUAGAUUGAUAACUGCAUAUGGUAGUUUAAUGCUUGUAGCUUUUGUCUCCUGUUUGCUGCAUUCGCUACAACUAAGUGCUAGUUGUGUUAUAGUACUGUUAAGCAUUAAAUGAAACAACGUGUGCUCUUGUGCAUUUUUCAAAGCUUGAUGAAGUAUGUUAAAAUAUUAAAAGUAUUUUAACUCAUGUGAAUCAUGUUGCUCUAUGUACUUGAUUUAUUGAGUAGUAUGGGAAUACAUUCCAGCUGAUGUAAAUAUGUACAAGUCCAUUGUCUAUACAAUUAUGUGUAAUUACUUAAUGGACAGUAUGUCAGCGGUCCCUGAAAUUCACUUAACUGUAUUAUGGUGUAUUUAAAAUUAAGGUUAAAAAAAAGCACAACCAAUUGUAAAGAAAAAGAAAAAAAAAAAUUGGUAACGUUUGUGAUGUUCAGUGGAAAAUAAGAUAUUCUGUAAAACAUGGUUUGCAUAAUCAAUUACAGUACAAUAAAAAAAGGAUUGUUGGUAAAAAUAAAUAAAACUACUAUAA